AUGUCAGGUGGCUAUUGUAUGGUAGUGCAGUUUGGAUCUGCAGGAGCAGCCACACUCUCUAGUAAACCGGUGAGAGCAUUGUUUGUUUUACGUGGAGUCUUCAUUACUAGUUACUUCUUGCACAAACCCUUAUUCUAUUAGUAAUAACAUUACUUUGAAGAGAACUUGAAUUUUUAUUUGUAAAUUUCUAUUUGUUGUCUGCAACGUUAGGAAGAGCUACCUUCAGCGAAACACACCGAAUACCACCUCGUGGUCUUUUUGUUGUCUGCAACGUAAGGAAGAGCUAACUUGAGCACAACACACCAAAUACCAAUCUGGCAUCAGCUUACGACAGUCGUUUCCGAUUAGUACAGUAGCUCUUCCAGACCUCUAUUUUGAUUGGCCCUAAUAAUCAGUAGCUUCUCUUGUUUUAGAGCUAGGGGUAUUGUUUGUGUUGAAUCAUCUGUUGUUUCGUUCUGCAAUCACAGACCAUGUCUGAAAAGCUACUGACCUUCUUCCCUUCCAUUGCACCUUAAACCUGUUCACUUACGAAGAAGCACUUCCGAUUAGCGGCAUAUUUUACAGAAGAUUCAUUUCAUUUCUGUACAAGUUAAUCAGUUUUAUUACCUGUAAAAGAAUAUGUGGAGGAGAGUUGUGUUUAGAAAUGCAUACUACCCAGCGUUCGAAGAGUUCGUUGGCCUCGUCAGCUAAAUACCUUCCCGAUUCUUAAUGAUAGUGAGAGCCAACUAUGUUCGUUAACAUAGAGUUUCACUUACUCCCUCUUGCAGAUCACAUUCACAGCAAAGGCUGGUCUCCCUGUGAAGCUUGAACCGGAGACGAUGCCUGCGACUCCUACUGUUUCCAACACUCAAAGGACCAACAGCCGAACCCUGGUGAAGACACUCAAGUUACAACUUAAGGUACUAAUAUUUACUGUUUUUGGCUGUGUUCUCUCCUCAUUGUAAUGCAAAAAUGGUCCCACAUCUUCUGUUACCAGUUACCAGUUCUUUGCGACGUCGUGCGUAUAAUUGUAGGCCAGCGUUGGUGAGCAUUAACUCUGUAGAGAAACUGGUUUGUGUAAACUUUGGGAAAAGAGUUGCAAAGUUGGUUGCCUGCAAAGAUUUCGUCCGUAGUUUACUAGUCAUGAUUUUAUCAGCACUGCUACUUUGAAGAUGAGUAGCAAAUCGCUGAAAAUGAGCAAAAGAAAAGAAAAAAAUGAACAACAAAAGGAUGAGUCCAUUGACGGCGUCAGUGAAGCGUAUCACGAAGGCGAUGACGAUUAUGUCACCAAGAAGGACGUUUACAAAGUGAUGAAAGUGCAAGAGUCGAUGUCUCGUAAUUUGUUUGAAUCCAUGUUGACCAGUGUUAACAAUAGAAGUGAUGGUGUGAUCAAAGACCUGACAGAAUUGAAAUCAAGUAUUCGUAUCACCACAAUCUUCUGUCUAGUAGCUUUCGCAACCUCUUUUUAAGUAAUAGUCAGGUUCACCAUUAUGAAACUCAACUAGCCUUUCAGCAUAGACCUCAUUUCUGUAGAACUAAUAUCAAGCAGUUCAGUAUCCUUUAUCGAGGACCAACAAUCUGGAAUUCGUUGCCAAUUUCACUAACCAGCUCCUCUUCCAUAUUUCCAUAUAAGUUUUUUGUUUGUUUGUUUGUUUGUUUGUUUGUUUAUGUUUUGGAUUUAACAUAACGAACGUAGGGCACUUUUCUCUUUUCUGAUCUGAAACCAACUAAUGUUGCAGCUCUCGUUAGUUGCUGAUCUCUAAACAACGUUAAAAAACCCUCAGCAUGCAUAAUUAAAGGUCCAUUUCAAUAUUCAAGAUUGCUUGAUACACAUUUGUUGAAGAACAGCUCAAACAUUUGUUGAUCAGCAAAGUGGCCUUAGGCAGCCUUGAGACAAGAUUGCUCACUCUGCUGUUUGUUUUAGGACAAAUUUGAUAACCUGACUGGUGAGAAUCUGAAAGGAAAGGUGGUUGUCAAAGUAACAACACCAUCAGAAGGCAUUGACGAGAUCCCUGCUCUGACUGGAAAUGUGUACUCCUUGGAGGUACCCCUGGUCAAGGGUGUGGCCACUGUACAGAACCUCCUUAUUCAAGAGAACACUGCAGGCAAAGACGGACAGGAAUACCUGCUGAACUUUCACACUCAGAUUCCACCUAAUUCUUCGCCUCAUCCUAUUCCCGUGUUUACAUUGGCAUUCUUGUUUUACAAUGGCAAGUACCCUUCGGUUUCAUGUAGUGCUGACUUUCUUCUUCAUGAUUAA